CGCAGUCUGGCUGUGACCGUCAUGGAACAUAGUUGAAAUGUGUGAGCCUGUUUGAUGGCAUGUAUUUGUUUAGUUUAUCUAAACGUAUUUAAUUUUUAUUCUUUUUGAUUUCUUAAAGAUUGUUAGUGAACUAAGUUAAUUUAAUUUGUUGUUAUAAAGUUUUGAACAUGGCUGUGAACGUGUGCAGUUGUAGUGUGAUAUUGUCGCCUAACAAAAAAUCGAUUCUUGGAUUUGGAAUGGGGAGCCAAAUAUUAUAUUUUAUAUUGUUUGUCGGCUUUCUGGUAUCAAUGUCUUCAGCGGAUACGGAAAUGACAUGUGUUAAUGUGAAAAACAUCUUUGAAAAGAAAGGAAUGCUGACUAUGAUUGAUCUACAAGAGCAAGCAAAUUCAGAUGCGGACGGUCUCUGCUCCAGUAAGGGUUGCUGUGGGGCUGCAGCCAGGUCCCGGCUCACGCAGCAGGCCAGGACGCAGCUCGAAGGGUCGCUGCGAACUGAGCUUGUCAAGCUCGCAGAUAUCCUGGGGAACAAGGCGAAGAAGUUUGAUGAAAUCUUCAGAAAACUCCUCCAGCUGUCCCGAGAAGAGUUUCACGCCAUGUUCAAGCGGACAUACGGCAUGAUCUAUGAACAACACUCCUAUGUCUUCGUUCAGUUGUUCGAACAGUUAGAGAGGUAUUACACGCGAGGCGACAGUGACUUUGACGUGAUGAUGGACAGCUUCUUCAGCAUCCUUUAUCAGAAGAUGUUCACCGUUCUCAACUCGCAGUACAGUUUUGAUGAAAAAUACCUGAAGUGUGUCAGCGAGCACAUGCGCGACAUCCAGCCGUUCGAGGAUGUACCUUCUAAACUAUCCGUGCAGCUCCGGCGCGCGUUCGUGGCCACUCGGACCUUCCACAAAGCGCUGCGGUCUGGUGCUGAAGUUGUCAGGAAUAUGGUGCAGGUGGGCGUCACCCAGGAAUGUGUUACAGCGUGGGCUCGCCUCCGCUUCUGCGGCAGCUGCGGUGGAGACUCGGCGCUGGCCUGCAGCAGAUACUGCCACAAUGUGCUGCGCGGCUGCCUGCCGCUGCAGGGAGACCUGAGCGAGCAGUGGGACGCUUACGUCGAUGCUGUCGAGAAAGUGGCUGACCGUCUUCUGGGUCCUUUUAAUAUUGCAAUGGUGGUCGGGCCAAUAGACAUCAAAAUAUCCGAAGCGAUUAUGAGUUUUCAAGAGCGCAACCAAGAAAUAUCUCAGAAAAUAUUUUCGGGCUGCGGGAAGCCAGUAUUGGGUGGAGGAGGAAGUACUGGCCCGUUCUUCGCACCAGAUAGGGCUCGUCGCUCGGCCAGAUCUGUCCCAGAUUUUGACUGGAGCCAAAAAUCGAAUGAUAUCGACGAUUUCGUAAUAGAAACUUCUUUCGAAAGCCUCGUGAACGACGACCCGUUAAUGUUCGGUCUUCGUUCUCCGAAAGAUAUUAAACAGACAACAAAAGAACUGAUGUAUCAGGCUCUAUCAAGAUCGAGAUUUCUGCAGUACAUGAAUGGAGAUAUCAGUCUGCAAGAGCUGGAUGAGCAUGAGAGACAGAAGAGAGAUGCAGAGCCGGAAGCGGCUGGAGGUGAAAUUGACUUCAGGCCUUAUGAGUUCGACGGUAAACGAGGUUCAAAGAAGAAGAAGCAACCUGCGGGGAAACUAGAGGAUAGCCAUGGUGCGGAAGGUGGUCCUGCGCUGGAGCGACUUGUCCGUGAGACCCGCGCCCGGGUCCGCAGCUCCCACCACUACUGGUCACACCUGCCAGCCCUGCUCUGUUCCUCGGCCAGCAUCACAUCCGCGCCCUGCUUCAAUGGGACGCAUGUCGCCACGUACACGUCUAUAGCAGCGGGCGAUGGCACGUCAGCUCUGGCGUCCAACCCCGAGGUGCGUGCGGUGAACGCUCCCCACGUGUCUGGCCCGCACGUGCGCACGCAACUCGACACGCUGCGAGCGCUCACGGCACGCCUCAAGGACGCGUACAAUGGCGUCGAAGUGCACUGGAAAGAUACCGCCGAAGAUCUACAAGCGGCUGCCUCGAUGGACUUCACGGAAAACAUCCAGGGCUCCGGUUCCGGUUCGGGUGAUCACAUCGAUGAGGAGUUCACCGAUGAUGAAGAUGGUGAUGAUUAUCCAGAAGGCUCGGGCGACCACACCAGCCGUGUCGAACCGGAGCCGGAAAUAAAUGAGCCGACGAUCCGACAGCCGAUUGCCGAGGUCCCGAUCGUGCCUAACGUUGUUGAAGGUCCGGAGACUAACAACGUUCAACCGCGAAUACUGGACGAAAUCCCGGACGCCGGACAACCCGAGACGCCUCCUACCGGUCAAGAAACCGUCCGGGAACAACCGGUUGCCGGGUCUGCGGACCGGCCGUCGCUACAGAAGGCGCUCUUUACGUACGCACUGCCCGUCGUCUGCGCCUGGUUCGGCACCAUUGUCACGGAUCUGUUCUAAAACGGCAUUGUAAUUUAUUUCUAGCAUAAUAUAUUUAUUUCGGUGCGCGGGCACUCGUGAGAAUAAUAGUGCGUAUUGCACUGUCGUGUGCGCUAGUCAGUGCGACAUUGCUAAAAUGUGGCCAUUCUGCGGUUUAAGAUCACAGUGAUCGUAGUCAGUGCGACUGUUAAUGCUACGCUUGGCAUCUUCGAUUCGUAGACACCGUAGCAUAUUUUCCGGUUACUGCGAUUCGCAAUCACUGUAAUGUGCGUAAACCGAUCACUGCGGUUUGUAGUCUUUGCCACGUAUGGUUUUUCGGUCAUUGCGAUUCGUAGUCACUGUGGCUCGUGUCUACUGCGAUCCUUAGUCAGCUUUUUAAAGAGACGUUACACACCCCUGUGAUAAUACUGUGACGAAACAUUCAAAAACAGACUACAACAACGCUUAGACUGGGGAAAUUACGUGGAGGGAGGGUAUGAAACUCUGUUCCGUUUGCUGAAAAAAAAUUACCACAGAUACACUAAUCAUGCUAUUUAGUGUUAUUGUUUCGUGCACUCCCUUUGACUUAUUUCAAUAGUCUAAGACAUAGCAAAUAGCUCUAGUGUAAAUACAUACUAGUGUUGUAAUUUUAUCUAUGGACUUAAUCUUGACUUAAAUUCCUAGUUACCAAGUCAUUAAUAAAAAAAAAUACAAAUCUGUGGUCUUAACUCAUCAUAAAUAAUAAAUGCAACUCAACAUCAACUCAGAGAUAAAUAUGAAUUUUUAAAUUAAUUAAUCUUCGUUUUGGAUUUUAACAGAAAUAUCGUGUGAUUGAAAACAGACAGAACAUAUAACACUAGUAUUUAUUUACUCUAUGUCACUACUAUUAUAACCGUGCGAGUUAUGAAUGUCCCAUUCUUGAUAAGUCCUGUAUGCGAUAUAGUCGUUAUACGUGAUCGACAAUAACUAAAUUUCGUUUUUAUCCCAAUGAAUAUAGGUUUUGAAGUUUUAGAUAAUUUUCAGCCAAAUUGUGUAUUUAUUUAAUGGUCUUGUAUAUAAAAUUGUAAAUUAUGAUCGUAGGUAGCAAAUAUAAGUACAUACAAUAUUUUGUAUAUUACUGUCACUAAUGUGUGUGUGUUUAGAUUACGCGUUGGCUUGUGCGUGCUAAGAGAGACUUAUAUCAAAAUGGCGGAUAUAACGUUCAGUCCAUAUUUGAAUAUGACCGUUAUUCUCGUGCCGAUAUUACAACUUAAAACAAUGAAACAAGCAUCAAAUGAAAAGAGCAUAGAAAAAGGAAAAUGAACAAAAUAAAUCGUGAAAUCAU